CUACAUUCAAAAAGCCCUGGCGCUUAACCGAGAGCUUGCUGAGUGAAUGGGCCGGUGUCUCUGCGGUGCGGUGGAGUUAACGUCGAGAAUCUGAGCGCGGCGAGCUGCAGCAGCAGGGGAAGGGGUGAGGAGAGAGUAGACAGGAAAAAAAUCAUGGAGGCAGAUAUAAUAGCAGAUCUUCGAUGCAAGCUCAAAGAAGUUGAAGAAGAGCGACUAAAAGCUGCACAGUAUGGUUUACAACUAGUGGAGAGCCAGAACGAAUUGCAGAAUCAAUUGGAUAAAUGUCGUAAUGAAAUGAUGACCGUGACUGAGAAUUAUGAACAAGAAAAAUAUACUCUUCAGAGAGAAGUUGAGCUCAAGAGUCGAAUGUUAGAAAGUUUGAGCUCUGAAUGUGAAGCUAUUAAACAACAACAAAAAAUGCACCUGGAGAAAUUAGAAGAACAGCUGAGCAGAAGCCAUGGGCAGGAAGUGAAUGAACUAAAAAAUAAGUUAGAAAAGCUGAAAGCCGAAUUAGAUGAAGCUAGGCUUAGUGAAAAGCAGCUGAAGCACAAAGUGGAUCAUCAGAAGGAACUCCUUUCUUGCAAAUCAGAGGAAAUGCGAAUAAUGUCUGAACGUGUACACGAAAGCAUCUCUUCAGAGAUGCUGGCUCUUCAAAUUGAGCUAACUGAAAUGGAAAGUAUGAAGACCACCCUCACAGAAGAAGUGAACGAACUACAGUACAGACAAGAACAACUAGAACUUCUUAAUACUAAUUUAAUGCGCCAGGUAGACCGGCUUAAAGAAGAAAAAGAAGAGCGACAGAAAGAAGCAGUUUCUUACUAUAAUGCCUUAGAGAAAGCUCGUGUAGCAAAUCAAGAUCUUCAGGUGCAGCUAGACCUGGCACUCCAGCAAGCCUUGGACCCUAACAGUAAAGGCAACUCUUUGUUUGCAGAGGUGGAAGAUCGAAGGGCAGCAAUGGAACGUCAGCUUAUCAGCAUGAAAGUCAAGUAUCAGUCACUAAAGAAGCAAAAUGCAUUUAAUAGAGAACAGAUGCAAAGAAUGAAGUUACAAAUCGCCACGUUGCUACAAAUGAAAGGGUCUCAAGCUGAAUUUGAACAGCAGGAACGGUUACUUGCCAUGCUGGAGCAAAAGAAUGGUGAAAUUAAACAUCUCUUAGGUGAAAUUAGGAAUCUGGAGAAAUUUAAGAGUUUAUAUGAAAGUAUGGAAUCUAAGCCUUCAGCCAACUCUGUUGCUCUGGAAGAUGACACCUAUUACACAGAUUUACUUCAAAUAAAGCUUGAAAACUUAAACAAAGAAAAUGAAAGCACUAAAGGUGAAUUGUCCAUCCAGCGAAUGAAAGCAUUAUUUGAGAGCCAGCGGGCUCUGGAUAUUGAGCGAAAACUUUUUUUGAAUGAAAGGUGCCUCCAGCUUUCCCAAAGUGAAAAUAUGAAACUGAGAGCUAAACUAGAUGAGUUAAAACUGAAGUAUGAACCUGAAGAGAAAAUUGAAGUGCCUGUACUCAAAAAGAGGCGUGAGGUACUUCCUGUGGAUAUAACCACCCCUAACGAUGUAUGUACCACCAGUGCUGUUGAGGAAGAAGUUUAUAGAUCACCACCUCAGAAAGAGGAGGUACAGUCCUGUCCUAACAAUUUAGAAGAUAAGUUGCAGUUGGAAAAGACAGUUUCUGUAAACACAUCAGGAGUCAUUCUGUCUCCUUACAAAAAUCUGUCCGUGGGUAUUCAGCCAAGGAAGGAAAAGAAAUGUGUGAAACUUAUAGGAGUUCCAGCUGAGUCGGAAGCCUUAAGUGAAAGAAGUGGAAACACCCCUAACUCUCCCAGGUCAGUGUCCUCUUUCCUUCAAGGCAGUGAGCAGCCCUCUCCAUCUCUUCUCUAUCGCUGCAUGAACUGCACUAUCUGUUUCUUUAUCUAUUUUCUUAGUAUUGCAUGCAGUAUAAUUCCCCAAUUUCAUCUGCCUACCUUCCGAUUUUCUAAAACUUUAAGAAAGACUAAAAUGAUUACAGGGGAAAAGGACUCCUGAAUAAGGGAAUUGUUUUAAAAAGUAACACUUUUCUGUGUCAUGAGGCAGAAAUACCACAGUCUAGUACCUCUUUGAAUGUUUUGUUGGUUUGAAUAAAUGUAUAGUUUUAUUUUUUUCCUGGUUCAAGAGUUGCCAUGAAAAAAAAUUAACUUAUCUCCUAAAAGGGCUUUCCAUUAGUCUAAGAAAUUUCAGCCUUCCAAAAAACUGUUAGGUGAAAUGUUUUAUGGCUUUUGAAAUUGUUUAUCCUAAGCCUUCAAGAAUGUGCUUUAAUACCUAUUCUGACAUUUUAAAAUAUCAAAGGUAAUUCAUUUUCAAUUUACACCCAAACUUCAAAGCCUCUAGUUUCUGCAUAAUUGAGUUUGUGACUAAAAGAGGAAGUGUCAGACAUGUAUGUCUGUAAGAAUUAAUGUUUUAAGGACCUUAUCCUUAAAAAAAUAAUAAUAAUAAUAGAAGGCAGAAGGUGAGAGAAAGUGAGUGGAAGGAAAAGGUAGGUACAGUGGCUGAGGUUAGGGUGGUAUAAGAAACACGUUCUUGGUGUGUGUGGCAGGACCAAGAAUGGGCAAAAAAGUGAAUGUGGAAAAUGGAGAAGGUGAUAAAAGAUGAAGGAUGUCUUUAUGCAGUGGAAUGAUAAAUGUAGUUAAAAUAAAUAGACAUUCUAAAAAUUAAGCAUAUUGAUGUGAAAAUAGUUAGCUUGGAUUGUCUGCUAUGAAAGGAGAUCUUUAAGGUACUCCCAGGGUCAGUCUUCGAUGGAGGGGUACAGAAUAAGACAUUUUACUAGUAUGCAUUCGAAUUGAAAUAGUAAGACAUAGCCCACCUUAUGUAAAAGGGCUUUCUUGUAUGUUUUAUCUGAUUUGUUUUCAAGUCUUCAGUGCUACUAAACAGUAUUCAACAAAGAAAGCACUUCAACAAUAUUGCAGUUAUUAGAAUUAGUAAUAGGAGUAAUGUAUUACUCCAUUUCUUGAAAUUUUAUGUAAUCACAUUAUAACCCAUAAGUCACAUAAAAUCAAAGCUUAAUAUUCUCAAGGAAGAAGCAGCUUUAAAUGAAUGAUAUCUGAUACACACAUGGUUUCGAGUAGUUCUGAAUUGAAUUCAACAGGUUAUGCUUGUAUAUAUGUGAUUCACUGUGUACGUGUGUUUUGACCAUUGUAUAUUCCUGGAGGUGAAUUUCCAGAAUUGAUCAGUGCAAACCUUACUAUCUAUGUUGUCUUCAUUUCUUUUUCCGCCUUUUUUUGCUUGAUAAAAAUUAUUUAAGCAAAUGUAUUUAGCUACUUGUUUGACUCAAGUAGCAAGUUGGAAUUUUUUUGUCUUGCUAAACAAAAACAAAUAAAAUAACAAAACAUUUGUUUUUGUGUGUGUGUGUGAGUCCAUCUGCUAACUUUAGAUGUUUCCAACCUUUUGCUCUCUGCAUGAUUAACUUAGACACACAAUCCUAU